AUGUGGGAUGCUGGCAUGUUCCAGCACAGCUCUUCUUUACUCCUUGGCAUUCUGCUGGGGGACUCUCACACGGAUGGGAGGAAUGUGACCAACUCCACCAGGGCCUUAUAGCUGCCGGAUGGGAUGAGCGCCGCCUGGGACAUUCUCACCAUCAUCGGCAUAGGCAUGGUCUUCCUCUUCUGUUUGGCUAGCAACACCCUCGGGAAGAAUGACAAGUGUCUAGAAGAUACAUAUUACGCAAACUUGACCUCUGAGCUACAAAAUAGUGAGCUUCAGAGUAAGGUGGAUACAUGCUCCUCACUGACCAUUAGCAACAGAGCUGAAUGCAGCCAGGUCAUGAUAGAUAUUUGUGAUGGUGGUGGUGGUUGA